GCCCUAUUUCCCUGGUUAGCCUAAUUAAUUCACUGACGAAGUUUAUUUACUUUUCAUCUUAUUGAUUAAAAAACCCAUCAAAUUUUAGCUACAAUAUCAUGGUUAUCAAAAUGGCUAUAAAUACCCUUCACUGCCUUGUCAACCGUACAUUCUCUCUCUCUCUCUCUCUCAGACACACACAGAGCUUCUUAUCUCUCUGCUGUUGCUUCCAAGUAUACGCAAUUAUGAGGAAAGCAAGCAUUGCCAUUUUCGCUCUUUGUUUGAUGCUUCUUUUUGUAGCAGAGAACAACGCUUCCAUUUCUGAGGCUCCAACUCCUGAGCCACAACCCAACAGCAAUCUUCCCACAUAUGGCACCACUCAAGGAAGCCUUCAUCCUCAAGAGUGUGCACCGCGUUGCACCACAAGAUGCUCAAAGACACAAUACAGGAAACCAUGCAUGUUCUUCUGCCAGAAGUGCUGUGCUAAGUGCUUGUGUGUGCCUUCUGGAACUUAUGGAAACAAGCAAUCCUGCCCUUGCUACAAUAACUGGAAGACCAAAAGAGGAGGUCCCAAAUGCCCCUAGACCCAUAAGUUAUUCAAUACAAUCCCAUAAUAAUCAUUAGAUAUUAACUAUUAAUUAUAAUGAAAUUUACGUAACAAUUUGAUCAUUUCACCAUGAUCGAUAGCUAUAAAAUCAUUAUAUUUUCCAUAAUCAAUGAUCGAUAGAUAUAAAUUGUCGUACGUAUAAUAGUUUUAUUAUGAUCAAUAGCUAUUAAAUCAUUAUAUUCUUCCUAAUCGAUGAUCGAUAG